AUGGCCGCUUGUUGCUAUAUCCUGUUCAGUCGUAUUCUGAUUCUUAUAGUCCCCCAAGAGGCACGCACUCUACGACUGUGUUGGGUCCCUCCCCGAUGGAUCACACCGAUCUUUGUUGGAUUUGAUAUCGUCGCUCUGCUGCUCCAGCUUAUUGGUGCCGUGAUGAUUUCUUCGGUCGAUUCCACGGAUAUAGAUGCACAGGACAAGCUUGGUAGAGGAAAGCACAUUGCACAGGCUGGCGUUAUUAUCCAGCUAGCGGCUUUUGGCUUGUUUGCCGUGGCUGCUGUACGCUUCAACUUUACAUCGAAACGAUUUGCAAAAUCGCUCAGUGAGCGAUACGAGGAACUUGGGGAGAAGGAGUAUAUAAUUGAUGGCAUUGCCAAGAAUAAGCAUUGGCCUGCCUUGUUGCGAGUGGUUAAUCUCACCACAAUUCUGAUUCUUGUUCGGUCUGUCUAUCGACUGGUGGAAUUCACGGAGGGCAAUACUGGUUACCUGAAUACGCAUGAAUGGCCCCUGUAUGUCUUUGAUGCUCUCGUCAUCUAUCCAUGCGUCGCCCUGUUCGUUUAUUGGCAUCCGGCGAGAUAUUUACCUUACUUGGGAUUCCGAGUGCCCAAAGGAGGCGAAUGUCAGCCGUGA